CAACUCCCGUCAUGCACCGCGCCCGAGAUCAGCCUCGAAUCGAAUUUUCUUUUUUUGCAAAAAAUUAAUAAAAAUCACAGGAGCUGUUCUGAUCCAAACUAAAUACAUGUAUGGGUUCCUAUUGUUCUGGAGAACAUUUUGCUUAAGACGGAAAAUCGCUACGUGGACGUUUAGAUUUUUUUCAAUUUUUUUUGUGUGUGCGCGUGACGGCUGCGCGCGGAGCUCAGGAGGCGGCGGUUGGCGCCACAUUCAAACCCGUCCGCCGACAGAGAACGAGGCUCAAAAAACAGCGCAGUUAUGCUCUUUUUUUCCAUCUCAGUUUAAACACUGCUGUUAAUAUGGACUCUCGUAAACGGGAGAUGUCUUAGUUGUUGCUGGAAGAGGGAAGUCUUCAGUUGAACCAUGUAGAUCCAUCUUCACCUCACUCCAACCUCUGCGUAGAAGAAAAGCAGAAUCUGGAUCAGCGGAACAAAUCCCGACUCUUCAAGGAUCUGCAGGUUAAUCAUUGGAGACCUCGGGGCGCGUGCGCUCACCUGACUACACCUGUGAAAGUCUCUGGAAGCUCACAUCUCGGUGUUCCAGCUGAACUAACAUCCGCUCUAAGAUGCGUGUGCUGUUCUGCGGACCCAAACUGGCCGCGUGCGGGAUCGUUUUGAGCACGUGGGGAGUGGUUAUGCUUGGUUUGCUGGGCAUCUUCUUCAUUACUCACUCAGCUGGCCUGAUAGAAGAUAUUCCCCUGCAGAGAGAAGACCUGUAUCCAGACCCAAACCCCCCGCAGCGCGUCUAUGAUCUGUACAACCAGGUGGGCUACAACUGCUUUAUCGCAGCUGCCAUCUACGUGGUGUUGGGGGCGCUGUCCUGCUGCCAGAUGAGGCUCAACAAGAAGAAGGAAUAUCUGGUUCAGUAGAACCUCAAACUGAGUCAAGGAGAUGCUAGCAGACGCCGAGGAACUUCUGUUUUAAUGAUCUGAACCAGGAAAUGGAUGAAAGUGACUUUCACCUCUGAUCAUGAAAACAUUUCAGUCUUCAAAUAACUAGCUAACACUGCAGAAAGGAAGCUCGUGUUUGGAUUUUUAGACAUUAAAAGAAUAAAAUGUUUUUCAGUAAA